UUCAAAUGUGAGUUUUGUUCUAGGACGUUUAGUAACGUUCAAAAUCUCAAAUCUCAUAUUCCACAGCAUGAACAAGAGGGCAAGCUAGAGUGCAACGUUUGUGAUAAAAAAUUUACUCGCCUAGGUCAAUUGAAAGUUCAUGUUCGUCUCCACGUAGGCGAUCUACCAUACAAAUGUAGACUUUGUGACAAAGCUUUUAAUAGUAAUAACCAUUUGGCAAUUCAUAUACGUUCCCAUACAGGAGAGAAACCAUAUAAAUGUGAUGAUUGUGAAGAAUGUUUUACAAGUAUGAGUCGAUUACAGACUCACAAAAAGCGAGUACAUGAAAAACAUAAAGCCUACAGUUGUGAUAAGCCUUUUAAAUGUUCAGAAUGCCCAAAAUCUUUCGCUCGUAUUGAAGGACUAGAUUUACAUCUGCGAACACAUAGUGGCGAGAAACCUUACAAAUGUAACUAUUGUGAUAAAUCAUUUACUGUUCAAAGUGCAGUUAAUGCCCAUUUGAAAUGGCAUACAGGUGAGAAAAAUUAUAAAUGUGACGUAUGUGAUGCUACCUUUAUUCAAAGCAGUCAAUUAUGGUCGCACAAACGUGUUCAUUUCGGAGAAAAAAAUAACAAAUGUGAUGUUUGUGGGAAGAGUUUUGUUCAUGUUUCCAGUUUAAAGCGCCAUGUCAUUACCCACAAUGAAGAACGUCCUUUUAAUUGUGACAUCUGCAAACAUGGUUGCAAAACUCGAGGAGACUUCAACAGGCAUGUGAAAAUACAUUCUGGUGAUAAACCAUAUAAAUGUGGCAUUUGUGAUAAAUCAUUUAGUAAUACUAGUCACAUAAAGAGGCACAUAACUUCUGUACAC